CCACUUUCAAGAACAACGCAACAACAAUUCAGAUUCUACUACUCAAUAAUUCAAAUCAAAAAGUAUAGUAGAGAAGAGGGUUCACUCAUUUUUUGCGAAAAAUGUGGUGGUCUACGACGUCCAAGACUUUCGUCUUGUACUUAUUAGGUAUUAUGUUCCUGGGAGGCGUAGCAGUACCAAGUCAUGCUUUAGUCCGACGAUAUAAGUUUGUGCUGAGGGAUUCUUCACACACUAGGUUAUGCACCAACAAGACUAUGCUGACGAUAAAUGGGCAGUUUCCGGGGCCGACUAUAUAUGCUAGAAGGGGAGAUUUAGUCAUUGUUGACGUUUAUAAUCGUGCCGGCCAUAAUAUUACCAUUCAUUGGCACGGAGUGAAAAUGCCGAGGUAUCCAUGGUCAGAUGGCCCUGAGUACGUCACACAGUGCCCUAUUAGUCCAGGCACAAAGUUUAGCCAGCGCAUCGUCUUGUCGGAUGAGGAAGGAACUCUGUGGUGGCACGCUCACAGUGAGUGGUCGAGGGCGUCCGUGUAUGGUGCACUCAUUAUUUUACCCCAGAAGAGAAACGACUAUCCUUUUCCUAGGCCUCAUGAUGAAGUGCCCAUUCUGCUAGGAGAGUGGUGGAAUGCUGAUGUGCAGGAAGUUAUGGAGGAAUUUCUUGCUAGUGGGGGUGACCCCAAUGUUUCUGAUGCUUUCCUCAUAAAUGGUCAGCCUGGUGAUCUGUAUCCAUGCUCGACACAAGAUACAUUCAAGCUGACAGUGGAGUUGGGGAAGACGUACCUGAUCCGAAUGGUGAAUGCAGUGAUGAACAACAUUAUGUUCUUCAAAAUCGCGAACCACAAUGUAACUGUAGUCGGCUCAGACGGCGCCUACACAAAGCCAUUGAAGAGCGACUACAUCACAAUCUCCCCCGGACAGACCAUCGACUUCUUGUUAGAAGCCAACCAGCCUCCGAGCCACUACUACAUGGCCUCAAGAGUCUAUGCCAGCGCAGGAAACUAUGACAACACAACGACAACGGGCAUCGUUGAGUACAUUGGCAACUACACUCCACCGUCAUCACUACUGCUUCCGUCUUUCCCCAACUUCAAUGACACACUUGCAUCCACUAGCUUCACGAACCAGCUCAGAAGCCUCGCCAACGAGAAGUACCCAGUCGAUGUUCCCCUAAACGUCACGACGAAGCUGUUCUUCACCCUUUCGGUCAAUUUACGCCCGUGCGCUGAGAACACAACGUGCGACGGGCCUUUCCAGGAGCGGCUCCUGGCGAGUGUGAACAAUGUCACGCUGGUGCUGCCAAGAACUGACAUUCUCCAGGCUUAUUACAAGAGAAUUGGUGGAGUUUACGAGACUGAUUUUCCUGAUAAUCCGCCUUUCACUUUUAACUACACUCAGGAUUUUGUCCCUCAGGACCUGUGGAGGCCUGAGAAUGGCACUGAUGUGAACAUUCUUGAGUAUAACGAGACGGUGGAGCUAGUUUUCCAGGGCACGAACAUGGUUAGUGGUAUUGAUCAUCCUAUGCACUUGCAUGGAUACAGCUUUUUCGUUGUCGGGUCGGGAUUUGGGAAUUUCGACAGAGACACGGAUCCAUUGAACUAUAAUCUUGUCGACCCUCCACUGAUGGAGACGAUUGCGGUUCCCAGGAAUGGCUGGACAGCGAUCAGAUUUAAGGCAAACAAUCCAGGAGUUUGGUUCAUGCAUUGCCAUUUCGAGCGUCAUGUGAGUUGGGGAAUGGGAAUGGUAUUCAUCGUUAAGAAUGGAAAAGGACCGAACGCUAAGAUGCUGCCUCCACCUCCCGAUAUGCCUAAGUGCUUGAAGGAUACUCCAUACACAAGAUUGUGCAGCAGCAAGAGCAUAUUGACAGUAAAUGGACAAUUUCCAGGGCCAACAUUAUACGUCACAGAAGGAGAUACAUUAGUAGUAGAUGUUGUCAACCAAGCACGCGAGAACGUGACAAUUCACUGGCAUGGAGUUAAACAGCCGAGAUAUCCAUGGUCAGACGGACCUGAAUACAUCACUCAGUGCCCGAUUCAACCUGGAACGAGAUUCAGCCAAAAGAUUGUGCUGUCGGAUGAGAUCGGGACAUUGUGGUGGCACGCUCAUAGCGACUGGUCCCGAGCAACUGUAUAUGGUGCACUCGUCGUUUAUCCCAAGAAGAGAAAUGACUAUCCGUUCCCUAAACCUCAUGCAGAAAUUCCUAUCAUACUAGGGGAAUGGUGGAAGAGUGAUAUACAGGCAGUUCUUGAUGAGUUUAUCCAGAGUGGAGGCGACCCUAAUGUUUCUGAUGCUUUCCUUGUGAACGGACAACCUGGUGAUCUGUAUCCUUGCUCCAGACCAGAUACAUUCAGGGUGACGGUGGACUACGGGAAGAGGUAUCUGUUCCGUAUGAUCAACGCAGUGAUGAACAACAUUAUGUUCUUUAGAAUCGCAAACCAUAACAUCACCGUUGUAGGAUCAGACGGCGCCUACACGAAGCCAUUCACCAGCGAUUACAUCGCAAUAUCUCCAGGACAAACCAUCGAUUUCUUGCUGGAAGCUAACCAACGGCCUAGUCAGUACUACAUGGCUUCCAGGGUCUAUGUCAUUGCCGGAUCUGCUGGCAACACGACCACGACUGCUAUUAUACAGUACAGUGGGAACUACUCAGCCCCAUCUUCCCCUUUACGCCCUGCUCUCCCUGCUUUCGACGAUACACUCGCAUCCACCAAUUUCACGAGACGACUGAGAAGCUUAGCCAGCAAAGAUCACCCCGUGGACGUCCCUCAAAAUGCGAACACAAUAAUGUUUUUCACUCUGUCCAUAAACACGGUGGGUGGAUCAAUAGGAGGGCGGCUGCGUGCGAGUAUUAAUAACAUAACGUUUGUGCCGCCAAGAAUCGCCAUUCUUCAAGCGUACUAUAAUCGAAUUAGAGGGGUUUAUGGAGAUGAUUUUCCGAGCAAUCCGCCUUUUACUUUCAACUAUACUCAGCAAACGAUGCUGCCCCGGGAGUGGUUAACGCCUCAGAACGGGACGGAAGUGAGAGUACUCGAAUAUAACUCGACAGUGGAGCUUGUGUUCCAGGGGACGAACCUUGUUUCAGGGAUAGAUCAUCCUAUGCACUUGCAUGGAUACAGCUUUUACGUAGUUGGGUCGGGAUUUGGGAACUUUGACAGGGACAGGGACCCUUUGAAUUAUAAUCUUGUCGACCCUCCUCUGCAGAAUACUAUUGCAGUUCCUGUAAACGGGUGGACAGCAAUCAGAUUCAAGGCAAAUAAUCCAGGAGUUUGGCUUUUGCAUUGCCAUUUUGAGCGUCACGUAAGUUGGGGAAUGGAGAUGGCGUUUAUUGUCAAAAACGGAAAGAGCCCGGAUGCUAAGAUGCUGCCUCCACCUCCAGACAUGCCAAGAUGCUGAUGCAUAUCUACUGGAAAAUGUUGCAAAGUUUGUAGGAGUGUUUAUUCAAGUUAUCUGGUGACUGCAUACACAAGUAGCAAUGCAUUUGCUUUAGUCAUUUAUGUUCAAUUCAAAUUGUAAUCUAGAUCUUGCUAGCAAUGAAUAAAAUGAAUUUCAUUUUCUAUUUUUUCCUAAA